GCUAUCUAUCUCUGAUCUGUGCGCCGGUUUAUGAGAUCCCGGCGACUGCUCGAUCUCCGAAUCAUCCUCGCUCGAGAUGGAAAGUGAGUCGCCGUCACCUGAUUCUGGUACUCACAGAACUUCCGAUCCCGAAACCCUGACAUCAGCAAUCGAGGGAUUGACCAUUUCCUCCGAUCCUUUAACCAGUAAAUUCAGUUCGCUUGACGAUCUUGCGCACGAGCUUUCCUCUCUUCAAGAUCUCGCCACUCGCGGCUCAUGGCGUUCGAUUUUGGAUAAGGUUGCUAGGGCACGAUCUCUUUCCCUGCUUCAAAAGCCCCAUGAUCACCUCACUUAUCUCUCUUACAAUGUUCUUGCCCUCGUCAAAUUGCGUCGUUUCGCUGAAGGCUUGGCGGAACUUGAUUCUCUUGAAGAUCUUGAUAGCUCUCAAUACAGGUACGAAACUUAUCCAAGUGUUUACCCUAAUCGUACUGGCUCGAUGGUCCCCUUUUCACUCCGGUGGCUACAUGCCUUGAUCCCUAUCAAAAUGGGCGAGCGUCAAGAAGGGCUGGACCGGUUCUACGAACUUCUGGAUUUUGUACAGUCAAAAGUGAAGGAUAAACAGGAGAAAAAUCUUGAUGUCUCAGUGGAUUUGUGGAAGAAAAGGGAAGUGUUUGUGAUUAACUGUAUUAUGGGUCAUCAUUUAAGUAACAAAGAGUUUGGGGUUUGUUUAAGUUUGAUUGAUAAUUUGCUUAGUCGGGAUUUUUCAGACCCUGCUCUGAUUUCCAAACUUGGGUAUAUACAAAUGCACGUCGGUGAUAUUGAAGGUGCAAAGCGUUCUUUUAAUAAGAUUGAGGACAUGGUUAAAGAAGGGAAGAGUAGUGUGUCAUUGAGCGAGGUAGAGAUCAAGAACCUUGUGAAUAGGAACAAGGCAUUGGUGUUCUUGGUGGGUAAGGACUAUCUAUCAGCAGUGAGGGAAUACGAGGAGUGCAUCGAGAGGGACCAUACGGACGUGGUGGCCAUUAACAACAAGGCUCUUUGCUUGAUGUACUUGAGGGAUUUAGCAGAUUCGAUUAAGGUACUGGAAAAUGCACUGGAAAGAGUUCCUACUGUGGCUCUCAAUGAAACAGUCAUCGUGAAUCUGUGCAGUAUGUAUGAAUUGGCUUAUGUUAAUCACUCUGAGAUUAAGAGAACGCUCAAUAACUGGAUUGCCCGUGUUGCUCCUGAUGAUUUUGAUUCUUCCUGUACUCGGAUUUAAGGUAGUUUUUGGUGUUACAUAGCGUAGGCAGCAUCUGUGCCCCCCCACAUUUUUGAGCGUGUGGGUGUUAAGUUUAUUCCUUGUAUGCAAAUCUGUUCUUCUCUUUUUUGGGUGUUACCUGAAACUUAUACAUUAUACAGUUCAUCAUUCGUAUGCUUCCUA